CGCGCAUGUCGGCAAGCGUGUGCUUGCGGAGCGCGAGCGCCCACAGUUCACAGUUAGUUAAUACGUCAGCCUACAGAGAGAGACAGAGGGCUGAGCGCGCGCGCUAAGCAAAGCACAACAGAACGAACAGACCGCGCGGGCGCGCGCGAUCAGAGCUCACACAAACACACGCACACACGUUCGCUGCUCGUGCAGCCAUGCGGACAGACAUGACGGGACCGUAAAGAGAGCUCGCGCGCGGAGUUGGAGACAAUAACAAAGCCCGGGAGACGCGUCUCGUGCACGGUGAUGGGGGAGCGCGUGGGAGCCUAGUUUUUAACCGAGCACGAGCACGCAGGAGGACGCGGGAGCAGCUCGCGCGCCAUCCGCUGAUCAGAGCACGGGGGUAGUGUAGUUUCGGUGGAUUUAAAGCUUGUGUUGGUUGUUUGUUUGUUUGUUUAUUUGUUUGUGUUUACCGGGAGAAUGGAGGCUAGGCGCGCGCUCUGCCGGGAGACGGCCGUGCUGACCGGACUGCUGCUGCUGCUCCAGCUGACCCAUCUCACCGAUGGUUCACUGGUCUUCAAUGCGACUCAGUUCUCAAACUCCUCCCACUCUAAAGACAUGCCCACUGGUCUGGCCCAGGUCCAUGUCCAUAAACAACGUUCAGCUGAGGAACCUGGCAGCGGAGGACUGAGCGAAACCAGCUCGUCCACCAGUCCCUCCACCACCACCACCAACUUGAACGCCGACUCCGUAGAACUGGAGCAUGUGAUAGGCGUGGUUUCUGGUGGAAUGGGGGCAGGUCUGCCCACUCUGUCCGGCUCCCGAACUCAACGCAAACCUCAGCUCGACUUCAAAGACGAGGACGAGGACGAGGACUUCGAGGACAGUGACCCCCGCUGGCACAGCGAGAUACUCCAGCCUGACGGAAGCCUGGUGGAUCUGGAGCGACGUCAUCAGCCGAUCACGAACACGCCUCCUGCUCAGUUCACCAAUCAGCCAGACAACCACAUCAUCCAGGUGAGCUUCAACCAACCAGAUCGUCACCAGCAAAUCGAAACCCCGCCUACUCCUCAGCUACAGGAGCUUCAGGGUGGAGAUCCCACGUCCUGGACUCUCUCAGACUUUUAUGACUACCUGUCCCCGGACUACUCCACCACCGAUGGAUACCCGGAGGAAGACCAGCCCACGCCUGUAGACAUGGAGGACGAGAACGUGAGACAGGUCACCAAGGCGGCAUCCUCUAACCUGCGUCCCUUUGCGAUUGACGACGGUGCGUCUGGAGGUUACGAUCCUGCAGGUCCUGCGGGUGCUGUGGAGGCGGAGGACAGUUCUGGAUGUCUUUUAGGAUUCGUACGACGGAACGGUACCUGCCAGUCUCCCUGUGAACUCUUCACCAAUUACUGCUAUAACGGAGGACAGUGUUUUGUCAUGGACGGGAUCGGAGCGUUCUGCAGGUGUAAUAUGCAGAGCUACAUCUGGAAUAAAGGUACGAGGUGUGAGUCGGUGAUCACGGAGUUUCAGGUGAUGUGUAUUGUGGUGGGCGGGACUUCACUCGUCGUGCUCGUGCUCUUCAUGGUGAUCGUAUUCUUCUCCAAACGACUUCAUCUGCUAAAGAUCGAGAACAGACGACUGCGCAAACGCAGUAAAUUCAGGCCGCAGUCGGAGCAGCAGAAUGAUAAUUUCUCUCUCUCCACCAUCGCUGAAGGCUCUCAGGCAAACGUAAGGAAACUGUGUGACUCGCCUAACCCUCCUCAUGUCCGCGCUUUGGCUUACUAUGAUAACAUUAUCUGUCAGGAAGAUACAGCUAAGCAGGAGGAGCCCAGCAAGUCCCCGACUAAAGAGGACGAGUCUCUGAACAUCCAGAACUCCCUGACCCCCAAACUGGAGAACAACAAGUCCGGCGGAGAAGAGAACGCCGAGGAGGGUGGCGUGACUAUCGAUCUGGAGCUCCUCCUGCCUAAAGAGGCGAAGCAGCACCCGGAGACGAGCCCCCCGCUGCACUAUAAUGUCUUCCUCUACAAGCUCCCCAAAUCCCCCAAAAAGUCCCCAGUGCUGCGCCGGCCCCCGGGACGCUCCGGCCACGCCCGCUCCCUGUCCACGCUGUGCCCCCGCCGGGGCUCCGAGCCGGGGUACAGUCCCAUCAGCACUCGCUCGCUGCCCCCCAUGCCCACCCGGACCCCCAACCCGCGCCCGGGCCAGGCCUGCACGCCCUGACCCCGACACGGCUCAGCCAAUCACAGCACUGCUGCAGCCUCGGGAGGACCGGACUGACUUUCACCCUCCAAACACUCACAAACAAACACACACACACACAGUUAUCUAACCCUGCUGUGGUGCCAAAACACACACACACACACACAAACACACACACACACACACCUGUACGGUACACACCAGGGGGGUAAAUCCUGGUCUGGAAAGUUUACUAAAAAAAUAAAAAAUCAACCCCAAGAACAAGGUGGUUGCUAAGGUGUUGUUGAAAAUGAAUGGGUGAAAUGAAUGUAAAAAAUAAAGGAUGACCAAAUUAAACUAUAAAGUAGUAAAUCACCCAGCAGCAAACAGCUAUACCUGAAAAACAUCCUACAAACUGCCUUAAACACCACAGCAACACCUAAGCAGCCAACAGUUGUGCCACAGCAAGAUCAUAGCAACCCAACAGUCUUGAAUAACACAGAAAUGACUUAGGAACAGCUAAGUAGCAAACAGGUAACCAUAGCAACUCCAGAGCAACUGCCUUAAAUACGACUUUAAUACCACAGCAACACCAUAUUUGCCAAAAGAUAUACCACAGCAACACAUGAACAACCACCUUAAAUACCACAGCAAGUAGCCAAUACUGGGCUGGAUUUACAGCCGUAUCUAUAAACAGUAAAAACACACUGAACUGGAACCAACGCCCAAAAACCAGCAACAUAAACCAGACCAGUACUGACUCUAUAUACACACACACACACACACACACACACACACACACGGCUAUGACUGUAAAUAUUCAGGGUAACAUGCAUUUGUUUCAGACGGAUUAACUAAUGAAUUAAUGCGGUGCUUUUUCAUGUUUUUAAUCUCAGAUUAAUACUCUUCUAUUAGAAUAAAGAAUUUUAGAAUUACAUGUUUAUUUCA